AUGGAAGGUUCAACAACCGAGCAUGCUAAUCAUACUGGUGGUUCCGAAGGUUGUGACAUGCAAAUUUCCCCAGGAAAUACAAAAUAUUGGACUCCGGUCUGCAAUCCUUCAAUUAAGCCGUCGGUUGGACAGUGGUUCCUAAAUUUGGACAAUGCUAUUGAGUUCUAUGCAAAAUAUGUAGGAAAAGUUGGGUUUGAUAUACGUCGAAGCUCGGAAAAAAAGGACAGGCAGGGUAAGAUUUUGAUGAAAUGGAGUGGUGAAACCGGGACAGAUGUUAUUAGGCGUAGGACAUCGAAUAGGGUGGGGUGUAAUGCACGGAUUGUGUUUAAGCGGGUAGGAAGUGGGGGGUUUGUCGUGUUUUCGUUAGAAGAGCGGCAUAAUCAUUGUAUGUGUUCGGAGGUGUCAAAAACGUUUUUGAGAGUGAAGCGGAAGUUGGACCUUGGCCAUCAGACUUUCAUUACCAAUUGUGCCAAGGCAAAUAUUGGGCCGAUUAAAUCUUUUAAACUGUUUAAAGAAAUGGUGGGUGAUUAUUCAAAAAUAGGGGCAACGAGUGUUGAUUUCUGUAAUUUCAGACGUAAUUUGUUGGCUUAUAUUGAGACGGGAGAUGCGCAUCUAAUACUUGCCAAGUAUCGACAAAAAAAAGAGGUGUGCCCGAAGAUGUACUUCGAGUACGAUGUAGAUGAGUAUGACCAUUUAUGUCGGGUGUUUUGGGCGGAUCCAAAGGCUAGAAGGAACUUUGCACGAUUUGGAGAUGCAAUGUCGUUUGAUGCUACAUACAGUACGAACAGGUAUAGCCUGGUUUUUGUCCCUUUCACUGGGGUGGACCAUCACAAGAAAUGCAUUACAUUCGCUAUAGGGUUAAUAUCUAAGGAAGAUGUAAAAUCAUAUGUCUGGCUGCUUGAGAAUUUCAAGAAAUGCAUGGGGCAUGUGCCGCAGUUGACAGUGACCGAUCAAGAUCCCGCCAUGAAGAGUGCCGUUGCACAGGUGUUUGAAUCAACUCGCCAUCGUUUCUGCAUGUGGCAUAUCAUGACCAAGGUUAGCGAGAAGGUAGGGUCAACAUUGGCAAAGAACGAAGAGUUUCGUAGGGCAUUGAAUGCUGUUGUGUGGAAUGAGAAACUUAAAAUUGAAGAGUUUGAGGUUAGGUGGCAUCAUAUUAUGGAGGACUACGGGCUCAGUGAACACAAAUGGUUCAAGCAAAUGUUUGAGGUGCGUGAAUUUUGGAUUCCUGCAUAUUUCCACAACGUCUUCAUGGGAGGGUUAUUACGAACUACAUCACGGUCAGAAGCAGAGAAUAAUGUAUUCGGGAGUUACACUAGCCAACACGCUAGCUUAGUGGAGUUUUUCUUGCAAUUCGAGGCGGCAAUAGAUACCCAACGGCAUAAACAAGCGAAGCUUAAUGCAGAUUGUGAAAGCAAGUUUCCAGAGAUGAAAACCCCGUUGAAGAUCGAGCGGCAUGCCGCGACUAUUUACACCAUAGCUAUUUUCUAUAAUGUGCAAGAGGAGAUUUAUGCGGGGUGUGUCACGUCUCGAAUCAUAUCUAAGAUGGCUGAGGGCGAUUCUAUACACUUCGUGGUUGAAGACGGUGAUGGGGGAUUAUUUGAUGUGUACGCGAAGAAUGUUGACCUGUCAUUUGAUUGCACAUGUCGAAUGUUUCAAAGGGUUGGGUUGUUGUGCAGGUAUAGCCUGGUUUUUGUCCCUUUCACUGGGGUGGACCAUCACAAGAAAUGCAUUACAUUCGCUAUAGGGUUAAUAUCUAAGGAANUCACCCAAGUUUGGAAUGAGUUCUACAAUUGUGUUGGCCGUGUAUGUGGAAAUACCGACCGCCUGGUGGAGUUGGCAACAUUAUUGAAAGCUCAUAGUGAGAUAUCCACCAAUAGCAACAAUGCUGUUACCCCAAGUACUGCUAAGGUAAGUGUUAUCCAUUCAUUUUGUGGCUCGCCAAAGUCAUCAGAUGUUGUUGUCCGGCCACCUAACAUUGCUAAGAAUAAAGGGUCUAGGAAGCGAUUAAAAUCGAUAAGAGAGAAGGUUGCCGAGAAAGCAACUAAGGCUAAACGGUUGUGUAGGACUUGUAAGCAAUUUGCACACCAUGAUAGUCGUAAUUGUCGGACUUGUAAGCAAUUUGCACACCAUGAUAGUCGUAAUUGUCCCGAGGCGUAG